AUGGCAGCUCUACUACCUAUCCCAGAGGGAAGAGUGAAACGACCUACUACCUCUUAUUCCUCUCUCACCGAACUAUCCGCUCCGUUCCUCCUCGACCCUUCCACCAGGAAUUACAAGCAUCAAUACUCCAACAUUUACUUUGUCCGUUUGGUAGAAUUACGACCUAUAGUGGAAGAACGUGCAACUGAAAGAUGGGGGAAUAUACGAGGUAAACCCCCACUUUUACCAAGAAUUCUCAAUCUGCAAAGAUCACAACUGUGUUAUAUCGUCGGUACAGUUUACAUGGAGAUGCCUCUCAAACCUAACAUCCUGGAAGAUAUGGCACGAGAUCAUUGGAUCGCACCUCCAGCUCCUAGACCAAAGUUUUAUUCCGCCCAAGAUGCCGUACAUCUCGAAGAUGAAAGUGGACGUGUCAAACUCAUAGGUGAGAAAAUCAAGAAAGAGAGAGAUCGAGAAGGUGGUGGUUUAGUCACUGGGGUCAUCAUGGCUGCUUUGGGUAUGGAAACUUCUUCUGGAGAUUUUGAGGUUAUCGAUUUAUGUUUCGCCGGAAUGCCUGAUGUGUAUAAACCGGCAGCUGGUCCAUCAAAUGGUCAUAUAAAUGGGAAAGGUAAAGCUCGAGCGAGGACGAAAAACAUGGAUAUAGAAGGAGAUAAUGGAGAGAAAACUUGGGUAGCUAUAGUUUCUGGAUUAUGUGUAGGAGCGGAAGAAGCUCCAGCAGAUUUGAAAGUACAACUUCUACUAGAAUGGUUGACGGGUGAAUGUGGAGGAUUGAGAGAUUUAGAAGAUGGUAGUCGAAUAGCAAGAUUGAUCUUAGCUGGUAAUACCUUGGCUCAACCUGUCAAAGGUAGAGAUGAUCAAAAACCCAAACGAUUCAAUAAUUCAACUAAACCCAUAUAUUCAUCACAUCCCACUAAAUCAUUACAACUCCUAUUAUCAGACUUACUAUCCUCAUCACUCCCGAUAACCCUCAUCCCCGGUCCAUCAGAUCCAGCAGGGGCUACACUCCCACAACAACCUUUACCGAAAGUCAUGCUUGGUGGAAAAGCCAAAAUGACAGGAUUAGAAAGUUGUACUAAUCCCAGUUGGAUAGAAGUAGGUGAUCGUAGUUUUUUUCUCAGUGGGGGUCAAACCGUGGAUGAUAUAUAUAAAUAUAUCCCUAGCAGUGGAAGAUUAGGAAUGGCAAAGAGAACAUUAGAAUGGAGACAUGUAGCACCCACUGCACCCGAUACUUUAUGGAUAUAUCCUUUUCCUGACGCAGACCCUUUUGUGAUACAUCAUCGUCCAGAUGUUUACAUUAUAGGUUGUCAACCAGAAUUUGAGACUGUCAUCGUUGGAGACGAUUCACCAACUAGGAUCAUACUUGUACCUGGAUUCGUAAAGACGGGACAGGUGGUGUUACUUUGCUUGGAGACUUUAGAAUGUAAGACGGUCGAGUUUGAAGUACCUACUUGGGUAGGAGAGAUGGUGUAA